AUGUCUUCUUUUGUUCAUGAAAGUGUAUAUGAAGGAAACUAACCAAUAGAAACAGAAUUCAAUGUAGUUUUUAUUAAUGGACCAGAAUCAUAAAUAAUAGAAAUGAAAUUUUCAUCUGUAUAAUAAAUUCUGAUUUUAGGAUUAAAAUUUCAUCUUACUAGCAACAGAAGAAGGAUUUAAAUUAUAUAACUUGCAAAAAGAUGAACUUAUUAUUAAUGAAGAAAAUAUUAAAUUAGGAAAAAUUUACUCGAUUGACUUCUUUGAUAACUCAGUUAUUGUAUUUGUAAUUGGAUUAGAUUAAAAUAUUGUUAUAUGGGAUUAUAAUUAAGGGUAAGUUAUUAAAAAAUAUCCUAUCCUUUAAGCCCCAUAAUAGAUUUCAUUUUGUAAUCCAUUUAUAAUAGCAGGAAUUAAAUAAUAAAAUGAGAAUGUUAUUUUAGUAUUAAAUGUAAGAACUGAUUAAGCUUAUCGAUAUUUAUAUACAUAAAACUUAAAUGGAGAGAUAAUUUAUGCUAAUAAUAAUAAUCAGUUUAAUUGCCUAUUAACGUAUCUAAAUAUAUAAGGAAAUUAUUUAAUCAUUGAUUUUUUACAUUAUCAAACAUUGUAAGGACUCAAUAUUAAAACAAUCACUGCAAUGUCAGAUGAUCAAAUCAUUGAAUAUUAACAGUAAUCUCAAUCCAAACAAUAAACUACAUCCUAAUUUAGAUCUUAUUCUAGUGUUGGUUACAUUUAGACUUGUAUAGCUAUAUCUAGUGAUAGCAAUUUACUUGCCAUUUCACCGUUAGUUGACAACUAAAGAAUAUAUAUUUUUAGUAUAUCACCUUCAGAACAACCAAAGCUGAAAUAUCAUUUAUAUCGAGGAUAAACUAAAAAAAUAUUGAGCUUAUAUUUUGGACCGAAUGAGAUGCUUGCAUGUAUUAGUUUUUAAAAUAACAUUCAUAAAACUAAAAAUGAUGCAACCAUUCAUUUAUAUUAUAAAAUGAAAGAAAUAUUGGAAAACGAAAAUAAAGAUUAAAAGAGUUUAACAAGAUUAUAUUUUAGAACUUAAUCAAGUGAAAUUACUCAUUAAAAAAGAACUCGAUUAAUGUUGCUUUUAAUUAACAAGGAAAAAUUAUAAGUUUUUUCUGGAAAUCAAUUUAAAUUUGAGGAGUAAUUGUAAUUGGACUCUAAUUUAGUAAGUAAAGGGAUAGAAAAUUAUAUUUUAUGGCCAAAAGCUGAUCCAUAUUGA